AGCCCCACGGCCCAAGGCCUCCCCGCGGGCGCGCCCCUCCCCCCCGCCGCCCGUCGGGGGAGGGAGCCUGCGCGCAGGCAUGGGCGAGAAGCACCGCCGGAAGGACGAGGAGAAGGAGAAGGCGCGCGACAGCGACCGCGGCCGGCGCAGGAAGGAGGACUCGAAGCCGAAGGAGGAGGAGCGGCCCCGCCGGAGAGACGAGGAGCCGCAGAAGGCCGAGCGCAAGCGGGAGCGGCCCGCGUCGAGGAGCUCCAGCGCGAGCCCGCCGCGCAGGGAGCAGCUGGCGAAGGUCUCCGGCUUCGACCAGCGACAGGCGGCGGAGGCGGCGCUGGCGCAGCAAAGGGCGGUCGCGCUCGCCUUGCAGCCGCCCUCGAGGCCCGCGGCGCUGCCGGUGCCGGUGUUCAUCCUCGGGGGGUGGAGGCCUUCUUGCUCCAGAACCCGGUCGAGGCCCACGCCGCCCAGAAGCUCCGCGCGCUGCCGCACGACCAGGCGAGGAUGGUGUGCUCCCAGUCUCUGUCGGGCGCCCGGGACAAGACGGCCGUCAUCCUGGGCAGGAUCCGCAACAUGACGAGGUCGAGCAACUCGUACUCUUCCUCCUGGCAGGC